AUGAAUGAGAAACAAAUUCUCGGCGUUGCUGGUAGCAGUAAUGAUGUACACCUUAUGACAUUAGAAUAUUAUAACGAACAUAAAGAUGAACUGAAAGGAGAGAAGGGUGACACUGGACCUCAAGGACCACAAGGAAUACAAGGAAUACAAGGACCUCAAGGCGAAAACGGUUUGGAUGGUGAAGAUGGAAAGGAUGGAAAAACUGCUAAAUCAUGGAUAUGGAACCUUAUAAAUACUGGUUUAACAGCUGCUUCAUAUGGAGUUCUUCAAUACCAAAUCGGAAAGAUAUGGGCAGUACUUGGUGAAGAAGUUUUAGAUGACGUUAAAAAUGCUUUGAACUUCAUUUCAAAUGGUUCGGAUACUAUUAAAACUUUAUCUGGUUGGAUGCAAGAAACAAGGAGUCAAAUAGAUACUGUAAGACGUAUAGCAAACAAUGCACGUACGGGAUUGGAUACUUUACGAGAAGCACAAAGUACACUAAAGGAAGCAAAUGAUAUUCUUGGCUCAGUAUCAGACAUGCAUGAAGAUUGGCUUAAAGGUAUUGACAAAUCUUUAAAAAAUCACAGUCAG